UGCAUUGUGGCGUGCUGAACAUAAGUUAAAGUUUACAUAAAUAAGAAUAUAUUUGAGGGAAAAUGCAGCAUUAUGUUACACUUCUUCCUAUUCUGCUUCUAGCAGGUAUAUGUGAGGGUCUAACCUACUAUUUUGGAAAUGGUUCCCAUUAUGAAGGUGAUGUUGAUGACCUAGGCCGGCCAAGCGGUGACGGUCAAUUCUUUACAAACCAGGGCACAUUGACGUACAACGGUACAUUUAGUGCCGGCCAGUACAAUGGUACUGGACAAUGGUUCAGUAACGGACAUAGCUAUCAGGGAGACUUUCUUGAUGGUGUUGCCGCCGGUUUGGGUUCAUGGCUCACGCCUAAGGGGGAUGUUGUCACAGGAGAAUUCAGUAAUCACACUGUCCAUGGAAAUGCAACUUGGUGGUUUUCAAACGCAAUUCCUAGACUGGAGAAGAUGGCUGGAACCUUUAGAAAUGGAUUAGCCCAUGGAGAAGGCGUUGUCAUAUUUAAAGAUGGUUCAAGGUUGGAGAGCAAGUUUAAGAAAGGAUAUCCCCACGGUGUGGGAAAAGUGACAGAUGACGAGGGGAGUCUGAUCUGGGACGGGAUCAUCUGGAACGGGAAGCCGAUGGGAAAUGUCUCAGAAGAUAUUGAAAAUCUGUUCCUAGAUCUCAACCUCAAUCCUCUUCGGCUUAAAUACCAGGAGACCUAAUAUUGAUUAGUUUAUCUUUCCACAGACUGGUCAAAGAAUCAAUUUCUAACCAGUCAGUUGGUCAAUUUUGUGUCCAUGUUUUAAUGAAUUUAUAUGAAAUUUAUAAGUCGUCUGACCAGUUUUCUGAUAAUUCUGUCAUUUUUCUGACCAUUCAAUCAGUCUGUCAAUUUCUGACCGUUUCAUCAGUCAGCCAGUUUCUGGCCAUUCCAUUAUACAGUUAACUUCUGACUGUUUUAUCAGUCAGCCAGUUUCUGAGUAUGACCGUUUUAUCAAUCAUUAUUUUGACCAUUUAAAUAGCCAGUUUUCUGAUUGUUCCAGCAGUUAGUUUCUGACUGUUCUAUUGGUCAGUUAUCUGAACAGUUUAUUGGUCAGUCUACAGACAGAUUUUUGUUCAGUCUGUUGACUGUCUAUUGGUCAGUCUGCUGAUUGUUCAAUUAUCCAGUCUGCUGACUGUUCAAUCAGUCAGUCUCCUAACUGUUGAAAUGUUCAGUCCGCUAAUUGUUCAAUCAGCCAGUUUGCUAACUGUUCAAUCAGCCAGUCUGCUGACUGUUCCAUUGUUCAGUCUGCUGAUUGUUCUAUUGGUCAGUUUGCUGCCUGUUCUAUUGGUCAGUCUGCUGACAGUUCUAUUGGCCAGUUUGCUGACUGUUCUAUUGGUCGUCAGUUUGCUGACUGUUCUAUUGGCCAGUUUGCUGAUCGUUGCAAUGGUCUGUCUUUUAACCGUUCUAUGGUCCACCUUUCCGUCGAACCAGUGUUACAUAUUUUUGCUAACAGAUACAGUUGAUGAUGUCUAUUUCAUGGUUUGUGGCACUUUUGAAUUUUUUAGGAUGAAAAGCACAAUGCAUCAGUAAUCAGUAUGGUUUAGCAAAAAUUACCGUUUAUCCAUUUUUUCAUUCAUUAAUUUCAUUAACCAUUGGAAAGUUGUCAAAAUUGUAAGGGGAAUGAUACCGAACUUUUUCACCAGCUUACAAAUGCGUCGCAAAUGCCAGAUAAGAGGCACCUUGAAUACCAGAUGAGAUAUAACUUUCAUGUGCAAUAUGAGAGAAAACUCUUAUAUGUCAGAUGAGAGAUGACUCUGAUAUACCAGAUGAGAUAUAACUCUUAUAUGUCAGAUGAGAGAUGACUCUGAUAUACCAGAUGAGAUAUAACUCUUAUAUGUCAGAUGAGAGAUGGCUAUAAUAUACCAGAUGAAAGAUA